AUGAAGCCGACGUCGGCACAUUCGCCUGAAAGCGUAGCCGUAGACGCAUGUCCCAGUAAAUACGGCCGAUCGAAUACAACAAACUUAUCGAGCAAAUCAACAGAUACCCGCAACCUAUUUCUACCGAACGGUCAAAGACUGACGGUUCUACCAGUCUUCGGUGGCUUUUUUUUUAAGUCAAAUGAUAUCAGCCUUCACAGUAAUGUUUUUCCAGCCGGAUGGACAGUUAUCCUGCAGACAGAAUACGCUCGGAGCGAGGAUAGCUCAGACGAGAGCGAUGAAGAGAUAAGAGGUCGACAGGAAAAAAGAACUCGCCAUAUCUUUCCAUAUAGACAGCCUACCCUCCAACAAGACUACUUAUUUAUAUCAUCGAUCUCGAAUCCAUCAAGUAAUGAUUUUCAGGCACCCACUAGUCAUGUGCGGCAGACAGCUAUGAUGCUUUGGGCUUCACUCUACUGGUAUUUUCACCAGAAAGAACCAUCACGCCUCAUGUGUGAUGAGGCUUCUAAGAGCACGCCUGAGUCUGGAAAACCGCAAGGAGAAUGGCGCAUUAACAUCAAGAGUGAAGGUGUCUUAAGAGGAAGAGGACUAGUCCAAAAGCUGGAGCGCAUGGGCUUAGUAAUGUCAGAGGAUUCAUCUGUUGGCGUCAAACUAUCGGAUAAUGCAAUACAGGAUCCUGUCAACCUUUUCACGUCACGGCGCGCGUUUUGGCAGUUACCUAUGAAGCUUUUUAUAUUUACCCUCUCUGGACCAGCUUCUAUAUUCGUUGGCUCCCCUUAUGGAAGUCGCCCUGGCUCGCCAGUUUGGGGCGAUCAUAAGAAUUCUACAUCUACCAAUCGAGAUUCUGGAGAGCUAUAUUUUAGACAUCCUAGCCCUGGGAUCAUCUCACCAUUCAUCACUGGACCUUCUACUAAUAAUGAAGUCCACUUUUUGAACUACUACCCUCCUGCACCACUUCAAUAUGUCAUCACAGACGGAGUACGGCAUCCGUUAAGGCCUAAACCGCCCAGUCAGGGCGAAGUCUUCUAUUCCAGAUAUAUCCCCAGCGUAGGCCAGUAUUUAACAUUUAGGACGGCAUCACUCUCAGAAAAACCGGUUACUACCAAUGGUCCGACUUCCCAGGCAUCUUCACACGUCUUCACUCCAUCUCAUCACGCAAAUAACUCGCUACCUGCACUCUCCCCACUAUCCUCCACUCACCCUCACUUAAACCAUGUUCCUUUUACUCUCUCUGGACAUUUUUCAAAUUUUUCUCUUGAUGGUAGCAGUCUCACGCCCCAUGUCGAAAAUACUCAUCCUACUAAAUUAACAGAUCUUCAGCUUCUACACAACUGGAUGAACAUCCCUCGUGUCGCCAAGUUCUGGGGCUGUGACGGGCCAAUUUCUAAGCAAGAAGCUUUUUUACGUAAAAGCCUCGAGUCACGCCAUUCAUUCCCAGUAAUUGGUCUAUGGGAUGAAAAACCUUUUGGAUAUUUCGAGAUUUACUGGGCUAAGGAAGACGUUCUCGGUCGGAAUAUUGGUGAUGGAAGUUUAGGUGAUUGGGAUAGGGGCUUUCAUGUUCUAGUCGGCGAAAAUGAAUUUAGAGGAAAAAAUCGAGUGCAGUGCUGGUUGACAGCACUUGCACACUGGGCAUUUACUGAUGACAUUAGAACCGGCUGUACCGUUCUUGAACCAAGGAUAGACAAUGUGAAGUUUAUUUCUCACUUGCAAGACACUGGUUUUUUAAAAGAACGAGAAGUCACCUUUCCACACAAGCAAAGUGCACUUAUGAAACUGCGAAGAGACAACUUUGAGGCACCAGUGAUAUGA